AUGCCGCCCAUACGAACGUGCGACCAGUGCUAUUCCAAGAAAAAGAAAUGUCAACGACAAAUCGACCUUGCCAAGUGCGUCCGAUGUACUCACUUGGCCUUGAGCUGCUCGACCGUUCGGCACUCACGCCCUCCGGGACGGCCAGCCCGAGCAAAGGCCCUGGGACCGGCGGCCGAGGUUCAAGUAUGGACAUCACAAGAUCUGUCGCCGACGUUAGAGUCCUCGUCUUCUCAAACUCCACGGGAACAGACCAUCUCCCCAACACUGCAGAGGGUUUCGCCCGAGUCGGCUCGAAGACGAAAUGACACCGUCGAGCCGGGUGCAUCUGAGUCCCAGCUGGUGAAAUUGCCAGAUAUUCUGCAAGAAUUGGGCUCGGCGUAUUUUCGAGACAAUGUAGCGCCAGAACCCACGGACGAGGAAUUUUACCAAUUAAAUGACAUCUUCAUGAUCGGCCCCAGUUUCACCAGAAGUUUUCGCAAGGCACUCAACUAUUCAUAUCUGACGGCAACUCACAUUCUCAAAGACAUGUUCUCAGUGAUGAUUCGAUACAUGACCACUACCAACAAGCCCAAGAUUCCCGUGCCGGCUCACGGUGAAAUUGCCCAGGUAGCAGAUUUAUUGCGCAAAUCCCAGGUCACGGAGGUUUCCAGCAGCAACGACGCCCUGGCAUUCCUCGUUCUCGGCCAAAGUCUAGCAGCUCUAGAUACAUUUCUUGUUUCCGCUGGGUCGAUGCUCAUUCUGCGUCACACGCUCUACCUGGCAAAACCUUGGUAUCCAGAGCUGGCUCAAAACGAGUUUCUAGACUCGGUCACCGUGACUCCAAUAUGCUGGGAAAUUCUGGAAUGCUUACUCAAGCGAGAAGUUCCAAUCAUCCGGCCUUUGAUCCAUCGACCUCAAGUAGUCGAUCGACUAUUUGGUGCAUGCGUCUCCUUGAUGCCGAUGCUGUACGACUUGUGCGAAGUGAGCCACAAUUUGAGAUUACGUCCCCAAAAUGAGAGUCCUGAGCUUCAAACCGUUGAAAGGCACGUGCUAUCUUGGAAACCUGACGAGGCAUCCAUAAGCGAAUCAGGAUUCACAGACUCCGAAAUGAUGCUUCUUCGAGCUCAGGCGAGUAUAUAUCGCUCUGCUGCACUUCUCCUCAUCCAUCGAAUCAAGUAUCCACUUGGCAGUCAGGAUGGGAUUGCUGUCUCUUAUGCCAACGACAUCAUGGAGGAAAAGGAUAAGAUACUUCUUCACGGCGGACCUGACAUCAAGCUACAAUUUGGCUGUUUUGCGUUUUUCUUGGCCCUGCUGGAAAUUCCGCUGCGACCUGAAGCCCUCUGGAAAAGCCUGACGAAACUUUCCUACUGCCCCGCUUGCGCAGAGCAGUUCUUUGCAUUCCACAAAUAUUAUUGGCAGCAAAGAUGGGAGGGAUAUAAGGGGUCCAUCUUCGAUCUGAUUGAGAGCGGGCCACCUUUCAUGGCUGUUCCAUGA